UCAUUCAUUUGUGACAAAGUGCUGGGGAUUGUUUAACUGCCUUGCAGUUCCAAAUGUAGAGUGGGUCCAGUCUUGCCACAACAAGUGCCUGGGAGAUGCAUAUUCGGGGGACUUGUAUAAGCCUGCCAGCUAGCCCAUGUUGGAGGGAGCCUUGGACAGAAGGGUGCUGCUGUGCUGCUGUGGACUGCCCAAGCUGUGUGCACAGAGGGUUGUCUGGGAACUUUUGUUGUUAAAGAAUCUAAAGCUCUUGCCGCUGUACUGUAGGCAAGACUGAGAUCUCCUCUGUUCUGCCUGCUGCAGCUCUCAUUCACAUCAUGACUUCUAAUCUUAGGGUAUUGAGAAUAGAGUGAGCUGGAUUGGGAAAUGGUUUUAAUUCACAUGCACCUUUGGCACUGGGAUGGGAAACAUUUGUUGAUACAAAUCUAGUUGAAUCUCCUGGUACUAUAUCCAUAUCCAGAGAACAGUUGCUUGAACCCACUGACUAACCUAACAGCAUGCUCUGUGGAAGAACCCAGACUGCGGAUUUAAAAUAGGCAGACCAAGUGAUUAACCUGCACUGAGUGAUAUCCCCAAAACAAAUCUAGGAGGACAAAAACCCUCAGACUGCCCAGUUCAAGAGAGCAAACUGAUAAUUCAUCCACAUUCUUGGCAUUCUACCAAAUUAUUGGAGUCCCAACCUGAUCCCAGCAUGAUGCAGGUAUCACAGGGAACGAUCGGAUCUCCAUGGCACCAAGCCUACCACUCAAGUUCUUCCACAAGCGAUCUGUCCGGCUACAAUCAUGAGUUCUUAAGAAGGAGUCCAGACCAAUACAGCUCAAGAGGAAGCAUGGAAAGUUUGGAUCAGGCUUCUGCUGCAUAUCAUCACCACCUUCCACCAGCAAAGUCCACUAACUGCAUAGACCAGCUUGUUCACCUCCACAACAAAAGAGAUUCUGCUUACAGCUCGUUCUCAACCAACGCUAGCAUCCCAGAAUACCGUAGCUCUCCUUUUAGCAAGGAACGUUCCUAUUCUAUGGAAAGUAUGCACUCUCGUAAUAGUAGUGGGCAAGAAGGCAUUAAGCAUGCAGACAUUAAAUACAUAAAGACAGUCUAUGAUGUACAGCGUGGAAUCUCAGAAGAGUACGAAGUGAAUUCCUCUUCAGUAAAGAAUCGGAAUUACAGUAGACAACCUGCAUACAAUAGGCACAGUAUUGGCCCUCAUGGGAGAUUGGAACAGAGCAGAUUUUUUUCUGAGAGUGGUGGCUUUGAAAGAGCGGCACCUAUGCCUCCUACUCGCAGUGACAGUUAUGCAGUAACAAGGCAUCAUGAAAGGCCCAACUCUUGGUCCAGUCUUGAUCAGAACAGGAACUUUCGAACUCCAAAAGCAGCAGGUUUACAUUCUACCAAUACAAGUUCUAAUGCUGCUCAGCAGCCAAAACAUGUGCACGGGGAUGGACAUUUGCACCCUGUGUUGGAGAGGAGCCCAGAAAGUAGCCCACUAAUAAAACCCAAGCAGGUUUAUUCUGAAACCCCACAGCCAGGGCAGCCUAUGCUUCCUACAGGAAUCUACCCUGUACCUGCCCCAGAACCUCACUUUGCUCAUGCACCUCAACCUCCAAAAAAUAAUAAUGGAAGACUAUAUCCAGCACUAGCCAAAGAAGGAUCCUAUGGGGCCAAAUCUUCAGAAAAAGUUCUUCCCUUCUCUGAGCCUAAUAAAAAUGAAAAAGACACACAAAAUUUAAGAAGUAAGUCUGUAGGGCAGUAUCCUAUGAACCACUCCGUUAAAGAAAGAGAGAAAAAGCAAGAAGGUCCCACAGGUUUUGCUCAUUAUAAGCUUCACUUUACUGCUGGGCCUGACAUUUCCACCAGCUCUUUAACAAAUGACAGAAAUGAUCAACAACCUUUAAGACUGGACAAUAUAGAUAUUAAUGAACAACAAAAAAAUGGCACAAAAGUGGCAGAGGAAUUCUCAGUUUAUGCUCAUCCUGCAUUCCAAAAUGAGUGGAGUGAUAGCAAAACAAAACAAGAUAUAGCGUCUUCAGAUAUCAUUGGUUUACACCGAAAUUCACUCAGUAGUGAUGCCCAUGGAGAGCAUGAAUAUCACAAUCACUUUAACAUUGCUUCCUCUUCACAUAAUAAAAUGGAUGAGAGAAGCAAUCGACAGGCCGAUCACAGAAAAAAACUGGAGAGUCUGAGCUUUACAGUACAUGCUGAUGAAGCUGAUGGUCCCAGCAGUAAUCCACUGAAACCUGACGAGUCACCUUCCCCUUCUCAGAAGAAAAGCUAUGAUUUUACAAGAAGAAGACUAAGUUCAAGCAGCUCCCAGAGUAGCAAGACAGAUGGCAACAAACUGUCUUCUGUUUUCGACAAAGUAUGCAAGAUUGAGCAGCGAGAGCAUGAAAACCACAGAUCCCAAUUUCUGUGUGGAAACAUUAAUCAGUCAGGGCUGAGUACUAGGGGACAGAAUAACAAAGGAUCUUUUACAAUGGUUGAAGAAAUUAGAAACAAGUUUAUUUCCCAGGAUCAGACUCCUAAUCCUAAUGAAUGGCGCAGACUUUCAAGCUCACAUAGCAAUGAAAAAGUUACAGGUAUGCACCAGUUAACAAGACAAGGUAUUGUAUAUGGCCUACAAACAGGGGAUGCUCAAAAGCAAAUGCCAGAAAAGCAAGCUGAAAAAAUGCAUUCAUAUAAUCAAGAGCAAAACAUUUUGCAAGCUGUGCCAGAUGACGAUAAUAGAAGCUUUAAUUCGCAAACAAUGCCAAAUAAAGAAGAUGAUUGGCAAUGUGCUGCACAAGACACUCUAGGAUUUAACAGGGCUUACAGAAAUAGUGUGAAAGAUGCUCAGUGUAAAGUUCUAGAAGCCACAUCUUACAGGCGUAAAGAUUUAGAAAUCAGCCCACCUCACUAUAAAAAACCAGAGAAGAAUGUGAGACCUGCUUCGGCUCCCUUUAGAAAAAAAUCCUCAUCAUUGUCUCCUCAUGCUCCAAAAGAGCGCCACAGUGUCACUCCUACAGAUAACUGUGCCAGUAUCCAAGAAAGCCAAGGUGUUUUCUUCCCAUCCCGUAUUGGAGCCAAGAGACGGAUAACAGCUGAGCAGAAAAAGAGAUCCUACUCAGAGCCAGAAAAGAUGAAUGAAGUUGGUGCGUCUGAAAGUGAAUCAGCACCCCUGACUGUUUCCAAAAUGGAACCAGUUGCUAGCUUUUCAGAGAACUCUGUGGCAGACAGAAGAAGAAUAUUUGAGAGGGAGGGAAAGGCAUGUUCAACUAUCAACUUGUCAAAGCCACAGCUGAAACAGCUACAACAGAAUGCCCUUGCAGAUUAUAUAGAGCGUAAGACAGGCCGAAGGCCAUCCUCCCAGGAGACAAGACUAUUAAAAGAAAGGUCACAAAGUACCUACUUCUCAGGGAGUAUAAUGGACAACCAGAGUAUGACCUCCACAUCUAGUAUGAAUUCUCUUAAUGAACACAAUCUGUCCUACCGGCAUAGGGAACCACUUUCUAAAACUGGACGUGUAUCUUCUACUCUUCCUCCUGGUUUAACAGGCUUCUUUGACCUUAGCAGCUUUGAGAAUAACCCGGAAUAUCCAGAGAACAGGAGUCGUAGCAGCUCCUUUGCCCAUCAGUUAAGGUCUGAACGACUACUAGAUCACAGAUCCAAGGUGGAAUUUGGCAAAGGCAGGGAAACUAACAAGCCAAAGGAAGUCUCGUUGCAAUCGGAUGAUGAUGUGAUUAUAACAAGCAGUAGAAGACAUGGAAAAUCUGCUUCUGCUGAGGAUUUGCUGGACAGAUUACCACAACCACCUGCCCUGCACGUGAGAUCAAGGUCAUCUCCUGCUAGUGAUAUGAAAAGUAGGGAAUACAUGUCAAGGCAGGAAGUCGGCAACAAAACUUCAUAUGCCUCAGCAUCUAAUAAAGAAAUCAGGUCUAUAAAAAGCAAUCACUUUGAGCAAAUGUCUUUCACCCCGUCCUUUAAAAACCACAUUGACACUGGUGAAGACCCAGUUCCAGAAAAUUCUUCAACUAUUCAGAGAUCAGCUCAAUUAGAAAACCAGAGAAAUACAAAAACCCAAAGCAUUAGUGGAAUAUACAGCCCUCAUCCUGAAACAAAGCAGGAACCAUUAGCUUUGCCAAUUCAUUCAGUUCCUGCUAAAGUGACCCAGACCUCACUAGCUCAUGCUACAUUUGACUAUAUUACUGCUGAAGAAUAUCUUUAUUCUGGGAAGCGUGGAAAGGAAAGUGCUUCUCCAACUGACAAUAAGGAAAUAAGUGACCAGGAAUGGUGUUUACCUGAAAAUAGUUCAUCUGAAGAUCUUAAUGAUCCUGAAAGAUUUGCAAAAUAUACAUCAGCACAAAGGCCACAGUCUUUUGAAACUAAAAGUGGCAAUUCAAUUAAUGAAACUGUCCAACAAAAUAAAUCUUCAGGACCCACAGCCGGACCAAAGUUUUCUACUAGUUGGAAAAGCAAUGGCAUGUGGAGCAGUGGUUCAUCCGAGGCAGAGACCACCUUUAACCAUGGCAAAAUUUCUCUCCAUAUAUCUGAGUCCUGCCUACAGCCUCAGUCACCCAUGACUGGUCAGGAGGAUGAGGGUGACGAUGAGGUUUUUGUCAAAGAGCAGGAUACAGAAUCAUUUUCUGGGACCUUUGUUCCUCCAUCUCCUCCACCCUUUCCACCUCCAAGCCUAGAAGAUGCACUGUUGAAACAAAGAAUUGAGAAAUUCCCAUUGGUUCCCAACACUCUUGAUGAAAUAUGGGAAAACACAGAAGAAGCUUCUACGCAAGUAAAAGUGAAAAGCAAUGAAAGGUAUCUUCAGUGCGCAUCAGAAUAUACAGCAAGCACAGAAAGCAGUGGUUCUUACUUGUUGAAUUCAGGGAUCACCAAAAGGGACACUGAUGGGCCACUACUUAGACUUUCCUCUAUUGUACCAGCACCUGAGCCUUUGGCUUCUCCAGUGGAUCCAACUAAACCUAUUGAAGAACAGGAAACCCAACCCCAUGGGGCAGACACCAGUAUUUUACAAAGUUCAGAGGGGAAUUUCAACCCCAGUGACAGCCAGAGCACCUUACCACAUGUUCGUUCAGAGCUGAUGUCUUCGGAAGAUGCCAAAUCACAAGAGCUGGCAAAGGAGAUUGUGACCAAGGAUAAAUCCCUUGCUAAUAUUCUAGAUCCUGACUCCAGGAUGAAGACUACUAUGGACUUAAUGGAGGGCUUGUUUACCAAAAGCAGCAGUGCAUUAAAGGAGAAGAAUCAGAAGCGUAAAGCAAAAAAGCAAAUAGAUAACAUUAUAGCACCGGAGAGUGAAAAGAAAGAAGAGAAAAGAGAAACUCUUGAUAAUGCAAGCAACUACUCUGCGUAUUACUCUACAUCAGCACCCAAAGCAGAACUCCUGAGAAAGAUGAAAACCAUUCACUCUCAGAUAGGAGGGAAGGAGGAACAGUUUGACGUGAACGAGAAAAAGGCAGAGCUAAUUUCCAGUCUUACGUGCAAACUUGAAGUUCUGAAGGACGCCAAGGAAAGCCUAAUAGAUGAUAUAAAGCUGAACAACAGCCUCGGAGAGGAAGUCGAGACCCAAAUUGAGACCCUUUGCAAGCCCAAUGAAUUUGACAAGUACAAGAUGUUCAUUGGAGAUCUAGAUAAAGUGGUAAAUCUAUUGCUCUCGCUCUCAGGACGUCUGGCCAGGGUAGAAAAUGCACUAAGCAGCUUGGGGGAAGAUGCCAGUGCUGAAGAGAGGAAAACCUGGAACGAGAAGAAAAAGCAGCUAUGUGGCCAGCAUGAAGACGCCCGUGAACUGAAGGAGAACCUUGACCGACGUGAGAAGUUGGUGAUGGACUUCUUAGGAAACUACCUCACGGGGGAAGAGUUUGCACACUACCAGCAUUUUGUCAAAAUGAAAUCAGCUUUAUUGAUUGAGCAACGGGAGCUGGACGACAAGAUUAAACUUGGCCAAGAGCAAUUGAGGUGCCUAACAGAAAGUUUACCAAGUGACUACCUUAUUAGCAUGAAAGUGUCUUUGCCAGAAGAAAGGAGAUCUUCUCUGGGGAACAAAAGUUUACCUCCAUCACUGACCUCUUCACUUUAAUGUUCUCCAAAACCAGCUCAGGCAAACUUUACCUAAUACAGAUACUCAUUACAUUUACAAUAAAAAAAUUGAUUCAAAUUGAUCUAUAGGUGUUAUGAAAAUGUAGCUUUACAGCUAUUUAAUCUACUCCAAAUGACUGUGAAAAAAAUUCAACUAAGACAUUUUACAGCUGGUGUAACCGCUGACUUGUGUUGUCGUGGAACUUUUAAAAUUUGGCAAUUACCUUGAAAAUCUCUCUCUUCCUUUACUGCAUGUCAAACCUGGACUCCUGUAUUGCUAUUACACCUGCAGCAAACUCCAAAAAAAACUCUAAUUCGAAGGUUGGGAAUUGUUGAAGUAAUAUCUGAAAAUAUUGUGCUUCAUCUGUCUCUUUCUAGUUCUAAAAAACAGUUUUUAGAAUGUGUCAAUGCCCCUCCAUACAGUUCAUGACAAUGAAGCAUGAAUGCCUUAAUGACGUGCCUACAUCUACUAUUUAUAAAGUUCCCUUUGCUUUUGUAAGAAAUUCAUGUACAUUUUGUAUAUAUUCUAACCUUUAAUUUGUGUAGAAAAUGUAUUUUAAUAAGAUUAAAAAAGGAAAAAGAAAAAACUGUUUUAACAAAAAUCUAAAAACAGUGUCACACUUGAUUUAUCAAAAUGUGUGUUUUUAGAGCUUAAUAAAUAGAAACGUACCCACUUUCUUCUCAUUCCUACGGGAUUUUUAAAACUGUAUCUAUCAAGUGGUGAGUUCUAACGUUCACUCAUUGAUAAAUACAAUUCUAAAAAUCUCAUAGGAAUAAAUAGAACAUGGGUGAGUUUUUAUUUAUUAAGCUAUAACUCACAUUUUCACAUAAAUCUGCCCCUUGGUGUUUGUAUACUUUUGUGUUUCUACACCGUGUGCAUGCCUCACUGACAUCCCAUGCACACAUGAGAUGGGAGCGAAUCAGAGCCGAAAAAACACCAAGUGUGACACUAUUCCAAGGCUUUAGUCUGUUAGUCAAUAAAUAGCCUGUAUUGCAUUGUUAUGUUUACAUUACCUGUUUCACCUCUGAUAGCUUUCUUGGUGAGCCACAGUCUGCAAGAGAAAAAUGGGCAAAAAAAAUCUUAAAUCAAAUGGUGUGAUUUGAAGCCAAAUUCUUGUAAUGCAAUGGUGACCAAUCUGGCACCAAUGGUGAAAGCGGUUAAAUAGACUCUGGUUUAACUUUGAUACCUGGUAUGUUUGAAAGUGCCCGAAAUACAUGACUUUUAGGUACUGACAGUCCAACUGCUUGCUGUAAACAAAAAUCUACCCAUGGGCAACUCUAAAGGGAAGAUUUAUCAAAAUGUGAGUUUAACUUUUACCCAUUGAAAAAUACAAUUCUAAAAAUUCCAUAGGAAUGAAAAGAACAUGGGUAAAUUUUUGUUUAUUAAGUUCUACAUUUUGAUAAAUAUGCCCCUAAGACUAUAAAAGGCCUCAUUGGUCAAACAUGGAUAUUUGUAGCUGCUUCUUGUAUCUGGAUUAAAGUGGUAGCGCCUACUCAUAUUCUUGUGUGACAGUAACUGGGGUGAAGGUCUGACAGGUGAGAGAGAAAUUACAGUAUCUCUGCCCAAGCAUGGGUUUGUUUCAGCCCUUGAGACCUGGUGUUGGCUGCAUGUCCUGUAUCCAUAUCCUUAUGAAGGAAACAUUUUGCCUAGCAAAAAUUUAAUGUCAUAUCUAUGCUGUCCACUUUUGUUUACUCGUCUUCAUGCAGACACAAAGCACUGCAUGCAAAUUCUCUUGUGAGAUGUCACAAAACAUGCUAUUACGGACAAUUAAAAGUCUAUACUGUAAGUGAAUUUUGUGUGUAUGUCACCAGCACAAUAAAAUAACUUUGAUGUGUUAUUUAAUACAAAGAAAAGCACUUCCUUUUCUUAAAAAGCUGUCAGUGGUUUCUUUUUUCUUAGUAUUCAUUUCAGCUAUAGUUUAGAAAACACUGUGUUCAUUGUGUAAGUUCAGAAUUUUCCUUAAGGUUA